UUGUCAUGUAUAACUAUGUGUUUUGUUUUAGAUAAAAAAUGAAAUAUGAAAUUCAAUAUAUUAAAACUUAUUUAUUUAUUUCUGCCAAUCUCUUUGACUUUGUCAUACAACAUCCUGAGUUUCAGAGAUACUCAUUACGUUAGUGAAGAAGUGAAGAAUGGUAAAGUGGAUAUUGUAGUCAUUAGCUCAGGACCUGUGAAAAAAGAUAUCUUUCUGACAUGCAGUCUUCCAGAAUUGGCCAAACAUGACUUUAUUUCACUCACAGUUGCAAAUGUUAUCAGAACGAAUACCAGUCAAUGUAUAUGUAGAUUUUAUAUUAACGAUGACACAAUACCUGAAGGUAAUGCAACAUACCCAGUAACACUAAACCCACGUGAUGCUAAUGUCAAAACCCAGUCACCAAAUGUUACAUUUGUAACAAUUCUUGCAAAUGAUGACCCAUAUGGUUGCAUAGGGAUCUCAAAUGCAAUAAAAGUUAUCACUAUUAAUGAACCUAAUGAUUCUCCUGUAAUGAUGGAAAUUAAUGUGACAAGGUAUGGAGGACGUAUUGGAAAUGUGUCAGCGCAUUGGCAGAUUUUUCCAAGACACAAUCUUUUAUCUAAAGAUAUCAGUCCAUCAGAAGGAUAUGUGUAUUUUGCAGAAGAUCAAGCAAAUCUGACAUUUGCUGUCAACAUUUUGCCUGAUGAUAUUCCUGAAUCAAGAGAAAUCUAUAACUUACGGUUGGUUUCAGUCACUGGUGGUGCUUGUUUAAGGGAAGGCAAAAAAGAAAUUGAAAUACGAAUUGAAGAAAACGAUGCUCCAAUUAGUUUUAAAACAUCUGCAUUGACUUUUACAGAGCCUGACAAGCAAAAGGUUACUGUUUGUAGGGGGAUUGAUAUAAAUGGUAGACGGAUUGGUCCAACUUCAAUAGAGGCGAAAGUCUUGUACCAUACUGUUCCGGGUAGUGCAAAACCUGACUUAGAUUAUGUUUCUAAGAAAGGGGAAAUUGUAUUUGAAAUUGGUACUACUCAAAAAGAUAUUGAUAUUGAGGUUCUUAGCGAUCCUCUUCCAGAAUUGCCAGAAACCUUCUUUGUUGUUUUAACAAGUGUCACAAAGGGUGUGAUUUUGAGUGAGCCAAGUGUUCUGACAAUAACCAUUUCUAAAAACGACAACCCACAUGGAUUGAUCUCAUUUACUAAUCCUAAUACUCAAUAUAUUGUUGAUGAAGAUAGCCUGGGACAUGUGGAUAUUCCUGUUAUCAGAUCCUAUGGAAAGUAUGGUAACAUCUCUGUGCAGUGGGAAGUAAAAUCUGAAAAUAAUCCAGUUGCAGCUUUUGUUGUUUCGUCAGGAUUUAUUGAUUUUAAAACUAACGAAAGUUUUAAGAAUAUUAGUUUAUCAGCAAAAGUAAACAAUAUGCCAUCGGAAGCCAUGUUGUUUAAUCUUACCCUUAUUAACGCAACAAAUGGUGCAAGAUUAUUGUUGUCUGCAAAUAACGAAAAUCCCAGUGUGCAAGUAGUAGUUGCCGAUAGUGAUAAUGCAUACGGAAUGUUUGAUUUAGCUCCUGAAGAUCCAAAGCUAAUCCUGUCAUCGACUCCACGAAGAUUAGAGGCACGAGUGAUACGGUCUGGAGGAAAUCUUGCGGAAGUUACAAUAUCAUAUUCAAUCCAAUAUUUUCUUCCCGGUUCCACUUAUCCUGCUCCAACAAUAAUAAUUCCCAAUCCAGGAGUCGUUACCAUGUCAAGAAAUAAACAAGAAACGGUUAUAGCUGCUGAAAUCAUGAAUGAUGCUUUUCUGAAAAGUGGUUCUGCUUUUACAAUCACGCUUCAAAAUGUCACAUUAUCAAAAUCAACCCUGAUCAAGCCAUCUUCUCCAACUAUUGGGAGCAGAGAUAAAAAGCAUGUCAACAUCACACAAAGUUUAGCAAAUGGAGAGAUUGGUUUUUUCAACUCCCCUGUGUUGCUUGAUGUUGAUGAACCAAAUGUUACCAAUACAAAGGUGUGUCUUACAAUCAUGAGGGAUGGAGCAUCCAUGGAUGUUUUAAUAUAUUGGAGAGUAAAAAGCGAUAACAAAUUGUUUACAAGAGAAGAUGUGAAUGCAACUGAUGGUUUUGUUAUGCUUAGAAAAGGCAUAGAUAGACAAAAUAUCAGCUUUGAAAUCAUGGCGGAUGACACUCCAGAACUAGACGAAGAUUUUAUUGUGGAGUUGUACAAUACAACUGGAAGAAAUGAGAAGUUGCGCUCUGGUGCUACGAAUGCUUACAUCAAAAUCAGAAAGAAUGACAAUCCUGGUGGAGAAUUUGAAUUUCGAAAGGCAGUGGCGAUUGUCUUGGAGGAAUCUUCCUCCGGAACCGCUCAUGUGAUCAGAACUGGUGGUUCCCUUGAAAGGCAAAAAGUCUUGGUUAGAAUAGAAAAUGGUGAAAAUGAUUUUAGGCCAUAUGAGCAAAUAAUAGAGUUCAUGCCAGCAGAAACUGAAAAGAUGGUGUUUUUAUUUCCUCAGGAUGAUGACAUACCAGAACUUGCUGAAUCUUUUGAUGUGCACUUGUAUUCAGUUGAUGGUUCAGUUUUGGGGAACACAACAACAUUUAAAGUGACGAUCCUUGAAAGUGAUGAACCAUAUGGGUUGAUUGCAUUCUCCAACAGUCCUUUGAAUAUCAACCAGACGAUAAGGGAACUUCCAACAUCAAACUCUAUUGCAACUUUUCAAGUUUCAAGAAGUAAAGGAACGCUUGGCGCAAUUGAUGUAUUUUGGGCAGUUGCAAAUGAUAACCAUAAUAUAACAGAUUUGAAUCCUUUAAAUGGAAUGGUAAAUCUACGGGAGGGCCACAACACUGGAACCUUCUCUAUUAUUGUCAAACAAGACCAGAUUCCUGAAAAAGACGAGUUGUUUGAAAUAUUCAUUGUUAAUGUCACUGGGGGAGCACGGCUUAUUGAACCCUCCUCUGCUUUGCUCACAAUCAUUGCGAAUGAUUUUCCUGUUACUAUAUCUCCAUCCUAUAUUUACAUUGAAGAAGGAGAAAGUUCUACAUUGUUUAUCCAUUUGAAAAAAUCUUUUCCCUAUCCAAUCAGUGUUUUGGUUGAAACCGAAAAAAAAGAUGUCUCGGAUGAUGACUUUGUUCCUUUUGUACGUAACAUAACUUUUUUGCCUGGCGAGACAACUAAACCUGUUCAAAUCACUACAAUGGAUGAUAAGACACCUGAACUUGAUGAGACCUUUACCGUAACAAUCACUUCUGUCACUGGUGAUAAUGUUAUUUUCAAGAAUUACUCUUCUGAUGUGAUAAUUAAAGCAAACGAUGAUCCAUACGGUGUUUUUACCUUUCAUGACACUGUACCGUUUUACAUCGAGGAAGGUGAAACACUUAAAAUAAGAGUUGAUAGAUUGUUUGGCACAUUCGGUGAAAUUAAGGUACUGUGGAGGGCCAUUAAUUUCUCCAAUCACAACAUCGAAGAACUUUCGAAAAACAGUGGUGCCAUAGUUUUUAAUGAGAACCAAACAGUUGGAUAUGUAGAAACAAUGGUGAAAAUGGAUUAUGAAGCUGAGCUCAACGAAACUUUCUCAAUACAAUUGAUAAACAUCACAGGUGGAAGACUGGGAAAUAUGACAGUGUUGGAAGUUACAAUAUUGAGUAAUGAUUACCCUAAUGGUGUUUUCAUGAUUGAUACAUCAAACACUACAACCACUUUUGCUGAAGAUUUUGAUGGAAAUGAUAAAUAUAAAACACAAGGACACAUUUCUUUCAUGAGAGAGCAAGGAAGUUUUUAUGCUGCUGAGAUUACCUGGGAAAUCUACAGAUGGGAUAUGCCCUCAAACUUACCUAACCGCAUAUGGGACUUACUACUACGCAAACGUCUAGAUAAUCUUCCAAGCGAAGUAAAUGGUAGAAAAGGCAGUUCAACGGUUGCCUACAAACUCACAACAGGUUCGUGUCUAAUUGUACCAUUAAAUCAACAACCAUCAGCAGUUGAUUUAGCUGAAGGAUUUACCUUCGGUAUGUGGAUGAAGCCGUCUGCUAGUGCACAGAUGAAUCUCAUAAACAAGCUUGGUACCACAAAUGUUAUUUACAAUGUUAUGAUUGAUACAAGAGCUCAACCAAUGGCAAUAACGCUUUCAGUUGGAACAUCUUCAGCCAGUGUUAACAAUGUUGUUACGUCGUUUCCACGUGAUUUCAACUUUCUUGAUGGUGAAUGGCAUUCCUUGUUUGUUACGUUUUCAAAAGCGGGAAAAGUUAACAUAUAUUCUGAUGGAUUGCUGAUAAAAACAAGCUCCAUCUCCAGCUCAGACUUUAAUUAUGUGAUUGCCAAUGAAGGUGUUAUUUCUCUUGGCUGCUCACAAAGCAACUCCAUGCCCUAUAUUGGAUCUAUUCAAGAUGUGCGAAUUUACCCAGUAUAUUUUGAGACAAAGGAAAUAACUAUGCUGCAUGACUUGGCUUCAACAUUUGAUCCUUUUAAUGGUAAGCUAUCCUACUUACCUGGCGAAACAACGAAAUCAGUUCCUGUAUCUAUAAUAGAUGAUGAUGUUGCAGAACCAAAUAUGUUCUAUGUUGCAAGGAUUAUUGAUGUAACGGAUGAUCAGCUACCAAGAGAUCAUGCUGUGUUGAGUAGUACAAAUAAUACUGCUAUGCUAGAAGUUUUGAAGAGUGAUUAUGCAAAUGGUGUAUUUGGUUUGCUUCACAGCACUUGUAUCGAUAAUCUGACUGAAAGUUUACAUUGGAAUGUCACAAUUGAGAGGACUCGUGGAUUAUUUGGUGCAGUUGCUGUUGGUUGGGAACUAACAAGUGUAAAUAACAAAGCAAUUGCUGCAGAAGAUUUUGUAAAUGCUACUGGAAAUGUUUAUUUUCUGGAGAAUGAAAAUAAAAAGAUGCUGGAAAUAGCUGUUUUUGACGAUUUAUUUCCGGAAGAAAAAGAGUCCUUUAUUGUGAAAUUAACUUCCGUUAUACCUGCUGAUAAACAAAAUGGCUCCACACUUAAAAGUGGUGCAGUUAUAAAUGAAUCUCGUUCGCAAUGUCAAGUGUCAAUUCUUCCAAGUGAUUACCCAUCAGGUAUCUUACAAUUAAUGGACCAUGUACCCCACUCUUCUCCAUUUAUUAAACCUAUAAAAUCACCUUUACAUAUCAACAUUGAUGAAGAACAAGGAACACUAAAUGUUUACAUCGUCCGUUCACAAGGUUUGCAAGGCACUGUUUCAGUUGAAUGGAAAACUGAAAGUGUCACUGCCGUUGGAGGCAAAGAUUAUCAUGAAACACUUGGAUCUAUUUCUUUAAAACCCGGAGAAAAAUCCGCAGUGAUUGCUAUCGAUCUGAUUGAUAAUGACGUUCCUGAACUUUUUAAAAUUUUUAAAGUACUUUUGCGUAAUCCAACAGGUGGAGCAAUUGUUGACGCUGGUUCAGAAAUGUAUGUUCGUAUCAAGCCAAGUGACAAUGCUUUAGGAAUGUUUAGUCUUAAUCAGACAAUAUUUCAUACAAAAGAAGGUACAACAGUAGACAUCCCUAUAUAUAGAGUUGGUGGAUCCCUGGGAGGUGUAAAUGUAACAUGGACAAUCGUUAAUGGAUCAGCUGACUUCUUGGACACAGUGGGAACUGUAAUGGUAGCAGCUGGAAAGAUGGUCACUACAAUUACAAUUGUAACUAUAGAUGAAGACGUUCCUGAAUUAGAUGAGUCGUUUGUCAUAAAACUUGUCAAUGUGAGUGGUGGAACAAUUAAUCAGAGUGCUGAUGCAGCAAUUAUAAAAAUACAAGCUAACGAUCAUCCGUAUGGCUUGUUUAACUUUCAAAGAUCCAUGUUAUAUACAAAUGAAGCAAACAAAACAAUCCCUAUUACCAUCAUUCGUGAAAAAGGCACUGCUGGCACUGUUCGAGUCUUUUAUAACGUUGGGAAAUCAUUCACUACAAAUGUUGCUGAGGAGAAUACAGAUUUCAUCCAUGCUAAUGGCUUUGUAACCUUUUUUGAUGAAGAAAAACAAAAAAAUGCUACCGUUACUAUAUUGGAUGAUGAUGUUCCAGAGGUCAAUGAAAGUUUUCUGUUGAAUAUUACUCAUGUAACAGUACUUAAUCAAACAGACCCUGUACAUAUGAAAAUGAUUGGUAAUAACAGACUAAUGCAUGUUAUCAUAACUUCGAAUGAUAAUGCAAAUGGUGUUCUCACGUUUAAGAGUGAUACAGUGUAUGUUAACGAAGAUCAUAUUGGUGGAGUUGUAAAUGUUACGCGUAGCCGUGGCUUGUUUGGAAAGAUCUCCUUUACAUUCAAAGUAAAAUCACAGUCAGCACAUAUUGGUGCAGAUUUCACUGUCAAUGCCUUCGAUGUAGUAAUGGUGGAUGGCCAAAAGUCAGUACAACUUCCAAUAUAUUUAAUAUCAGAUGAAAUACCUGAGUUCAAUGAGUCUUUUUCUGUCGAGAUUUUACCUGACACCAUUAAAGGAGGUGCUGUCGUCAGCAAUGAAAGAGCGUGUAUGGUGAUUAUACUUGAAAAUGAUUAUCCAUAUGGAUUAAUAGGUUUCUCUGGACCAUCUGUGUAUGCAGUGAAGGAACCUUUAUUGAAAAGCCAGGUAUUAAUGCUACCAGUAGUCAGAGAAAAGGGCCAGUCUGGUGUAGUUCAAUUACAAUGGAUAGCUGAAUCUAUGGAAUCAACAAGCCUGUCUACAGAUAUGUUUCCAACUCAGGGUACUGUUGGAUUUUUAACAGGAGAGAGUAAACAAAAUAUUCAAAUUUCAGUGAUGCAUGAUAAUAUACCAGAAGUUAACGAGACAUUUACUAUAAGAUUAUCAGAGGUAUCAAUGAGUAAAGCCAAAAUAAACAAAGACAAAUCUCAAGUUAAAGUAACAAUUCUCCCUAACGAUAACCCGUAUGGUACAGUGGAGUUUGUAGAUUCAGUUUUAUUUGUCAAAGAGAAAGAUUUUGAUUACAAUGUGUCAGUGCUGGUCCAACGUUCUGGUGGAUUGCAUGGCGAUUUGAUAGUGUUUUACCACACAGUACAGGUGGCUUUAAAUAAAGCAGACGGAGGUACUGACUAUGAGGAAAUUCUGAAUGAUGGGAAUAUUAUCAUUUCAAAUGGAUCAUCGCAAGCUCAUAUCAACAUAUUGAUAUUCAGUGACUUGAUACCUGAGAUGAAUGAAACCUUUCAAGUUAAGAUGACAAGGGUUGAAGUUAGGGGAAUAAAUGUGGCGCCAGAAAACAAACCUGCUGUAGGAAAGCAAAACAUGGUCAAUGUGACGAUUGAAAGCAAUGACAACCCUUAUGGAUUAUUUUUGAUUAUGUUGGAUUUGUAUAAUAAUAAUAACAACACUUUUAUUUUGUCAGAACCAGAGGAGCAAAACAUCCCAUUAAAAUUUAACAUUAUCCGAGCACAAGGCCUAUUCGGUACUGUUUCUGUUUCAUGGCGAUUAUUACCUGGUUUUACCAUUACUCCUGGUCAGGAUGUGUCUGGUGCUACUGGUUCAACCAUAACGUUUAGCGAAAAUGAGCAGAAAAAAUCGUUUACAAUUUUUGUAAAUAAAGAUGACAUUCCUGAGGACGACGAACAGUUUACCAUACAGCUUUACAAUCCAACUGGGGAAGCUGCAGUUAGCAAAAAAAAUGACAGUGUGAAGGUCAUAAUAAGUGCUAAUGAUAAUGUUGGUGGAGUUAUUGGCUUUCAAAGAGGUUCCCUUUCCAAAACAGCCAGUGAAGGUGAUGUUAUUAAGCUCUAUUUGUUGCGAAGUCGGCCUGGUCUGGGAACUGCAACAGUGACUUGGGAAAUCAGUGGAGAUGAUGUGGCUGAAGAUUUUGCAAAAACAUCAGGAAUUGUUACAUUUCGUUCGGCUGUUUUAUUGGAGCAAAUUGAGCUGAGAGUUCUUUCUGACUUGAAACCAGAACCAAAUGAGAAUUUUAUAAUCAACCUUACAUCUGUUGACACAAGUGGAAUAUCAAAAACAGGUGCAGCAAUAUUGGAUCCAUCUACCAAACAAGCUUUUAUAUCUCUUGGUGCAAGCAACGAUCCUCAUGGGGUAUUUGAGUUUUCUCCGGUACAGCAACCAAUAUAUAUUAAAGAAAAUAUCGGAAUCCUGGAGUUAAUGAUAAUAAGAAGAUAUGGCAAACUUGGUGUGGUUGAUAUCUAUUACGAAGUACAAUCAGUCAAUUCUUCCCUGCAUAUUGCAAAUGCAUCUAUUCCAGAAGACGUGUUAGUGCAAACCCCUAGUGUUAGAAUUCGUGAUGGAAUAGAUUCUGUAAAGCUAUUGAUACCUAUCGUUAAUGAUGACUUACCAGAAAUCAAUGAGGGAUUUGUUGUGAAACUUACUUCAGUGGUAUUAAGAACUACCCCAAAAAAUUCAUCAAUGUUACCAAAAAUUGGAUUAUUACGAGAUGUUGUUGUUGUCAUUGAUGCAAAUGAUGGAGCUGCUGGAGAGUUGUUUUUUACUGCUGCCUCUCUAAACCUUAAAGUUGAGGAAUACAACCACAGCUUCAACCUAACAGUAUAUCGUUCAUUGGGAGCUUUUGGAGACGUGUAUUGUUUUUAUUUUCUGAAUCGACUCACUUCAUCUGUCAAUGAUUUUUAUGUAAGUGGUGGUGUCAUGAAUGGAGGACCUGCCAAGCUUGUAUUCAAAGAUGAUCAACGCACAGCUAAUAUCACUGUAUACAUAAAAGAUGAUUUUUUAACUGAGGAUACAGAAACAUUCGAAAUCGGUUUAACAACACAGAAUGCCUUGGGAAAUGGAGGUGUGACAAUUGGUGAACCUCGCCAAACAGUUAUCUCAAUUCUUGCAAAUGAUGAUGCAAAUGGUGUUGUAUCAUUUGCUUCUAGCUCAGCGUCCAUUUUAUUAACGGAACUGGGUAAAGAUAAUGCAAUGUCACAUCACAAUUUUAUUGUUCAGCGAAAUGUUGGUAGGUUUGGUGACAUCGUAGUUGGUUGGGAGGUAUUAAAUGAAUCCUCACCAUACGAUGUUAAACCAUUAAGUGGAAUUCUAAAUUUUGAUGCAUACGACACAGAAGAAUCAUUUAAAAUCUCUGUCAUUGACGAUGAAAUACCGGAACUUGAAAAGAUAUUGACUGUGGGUCUAAGCAUUAAAUCAGGGGGAGCACGACUUGGCAAUUUAUCAACUGCCACAAUAACAAUACCUGCUAAUGAUAAUCCAAAUGGAUUGUUUUCAUUUAUCCCAUUCCAAAAGGUUAUAGUGGAAGAGUCUCUCAAAGCUACGAAAAUCACUGUUCGAAGAAAUGGCGGUCUGCAUGGAAGAGUUUCAGUUGACUACAACACAAGAGAUGGGACUGCAAGAUCAAUUAAUGGAAAAGUUGUUGUCUUCAGUACUACUUAUGUUUUUGAUGUUGAAAGCACACAGUAUGUUCACCAGUUUGGAGCAUUUCAUGAAGACUAUAUGGCACUAGCCACUGCACAAAAUAUUGUUUUGUUUGUGUGGAAAGGUACUUUGGUGAAAAAAGAGGAAUAUGCUGUCCGUGGCAUCACAAAGAUCAACUCUCUUCACACAUCUAACAAAAACAUUUUAAUUUUCUCAAAUUCCUCUUCCAUAAUGGUUUAUCAGUUCAAUGAAAACAAGUCUGUAACUCUCCUGGAAGAAAUAAAAGAAUAUGGAAUAGCAGACACAAUAACAUUUGUAAUUAACCAUCAAAGUUUUCUGGCAUUUGUAAUUGGGAAAGAUGAAACAAAUGAAAGUAUACAAAUGUUGCAGUUGUACAGGUGGAACGGUCGUACGUUUGUAAAAGAUGCAACAAGCAUUCAGACUUACCAUGCUGAAACUUUGGAUUUCACCAAUUUUAAAAAUGCUCACUAUCUCAUUGUGGGUAACAAGUAUAAUAAUAUCACUCAGAGUUACAAUACAACGUCUGUAAUUUACCGCUGGUCGGAUAGUCAAGGUUUUGUAGUUUAUGGUGAAAUAUCAACAAAUUCAGUAACUUUUGUGAGUUUUUUUGCUAUUGAGGAUAAAUUCUUGAUUGGUGUGACCAAUGGUGGUGGAAACUGCAUGUUGCAUGAACAUGAUAAAAAUGCACCUGGUCGCUUUUAUUUAAAGCAAAAUUUUCAGAUGUCUUGUAAUGCUAUUGUUAUGUUACGACAAUUUGACCAAGUGUUUUUGUUACUAACUGGUCCUUCAUCGUCUUUGUUUCAACUGGAUAAACAAGCAAAUGUUUUCAUACAAGAACGGAUAUUUCCACCAAGAUCUAUUCAAUAUGCGUCCAGCUUUUAUCUUCCAAACCCAAACGAUAGACAGCUAGAACCUUACAUGAUCAUGUACUCAAAUAAAUCUAGCGAAAAUAUAUUAGUGCAAUUGGUCCAUCUUAACCAAAGUUCUGACUAUGUGGAAAGAUCUGGUUGCCUAAUUUUCGAAGAGAACGAAGAGGAACUGGACCUAUAUUUCACAGUCCUCAGAGACUCAAUACCUGAACAAGACGAAACUUUUUUUGUUGAGCUUACAAAUGCUACUAAUGGUUCUGCCAUAUCAAAGGAUAAUGUUCUUGAAGUUUUAAUAAUGGCUAACGAUAAUGCAUAUGGUCGAUUUAAAAUAUCAAACUCAUCACUAAGAAAUUUUGUUGUCGAGGAAAAACAUGAUACAUUGUUUAAGAUAAAACUAGACAGAGAGUUUGGUUCUUAUGGCUAUGUUGUUAUAGUGUAUAAUGUAACAUCAAGAAGAAAUAAUCCUUUUCAAGAUGAAAUUUAUCCUGAAGGUGGCCAAGUCAGUUUUUCACCUGGUGAACAGUCUAAGGAGUUGAUUUUGUAUUUAAAAAAUGAUAAUAUACCAGAAAUAGGAGAACAUUUCGAGUUAAGGCUCACUCACAUUCGCACUGUAGGAAUGUCAACUGUAGGAGGAACCAUAAAUUACAUGCAAAACACUGCUUUGAUCACAGUUCUACCCAAUGAUCACCCCUACGGAGUAUUUAAAUGGAAAAACAAUAUUCAAGUCACAACUGAAUUGACUGAAGUUAACUCAACUGUGCUUUUGGUGAUUGAGCGACAAAGGGGAGUUUAUGGUGAUGUUGAUGUCUCAUAUGAAACCUAUAUUAAUAUUUCUGUUGGAAUGAAAGAACAACCAGCACGACCUUACAUUGAUUUUACACCUGUCAAUGGAAGUGUAGUGAUGAAAGAAGGAGAACGCGAAGCCUUUGUUUUUGUGAACAUAAAUCAUAAACUGAUGGAAUCUCAGUUAAUCAAUAUAACAGAUGGCAAAAUUGACUUCAAUGAAAUCUUUUACGUGAAACUCACUCAUGUCAAGCUUACUUCAAAUGAUUCAAUUACGUCACAAGCUCCACCGUUGUUGGAUGUUAAUCAUGCUUCUGUUCAAGUCGUCAUCACAGAAGUUGUGCAGCAAAAUGGUGUCAUUGAGUUUCAAUCUCCAAAUAGUGUAUUUGUAACAGAAAAUGUUGGUAUGCUGAAGAUUCCUCUCAUUCGUACACAUGGUGCGGAUGCAACAGUUGGAAUAUACUUUGAGCUUGUGUUUCUAACUGCUGACACUGAAGAUGUGUCUUUGGAAAAGGGGACAGUUACUUUUGCUGCUAAUGAAACUAGAAAGUUCAUUCCGUUAAACAUUAUCGAUGAUGAUUUACCUGAGUUAAGGGAAGAAUUUCUCAUUGUUUUAACAAAACCUGUUGGUGGAGCUGUCAUUGGUCAGUUUAAUAACAUCACUGUAGCCAUUGAAUCGAAUGAUUUUCCAUAUGGUUUAUUCAGUGUUCCAGCUGACUCAGUUGAUGUUACAUUUAAUGAAGGUGAUAUUGCUACUAUCCCAGUUCAACGUUUAAAAGGGAAAUACAACCAAGUAUCAGUGUCAUGGAGCUGUGAGAGGAAGGCUGCUAUGGAUAUUUCAGUAACGAGUGGAAAUUUAACUUUCCAACAGGGAGAAACAUUGAAACACAUUCGCUUUACAAUCAUUGAUGAUGUCUUGCCAGAAGUUAAAGAAACCUUUACCUGUCUGCUUAUGAAUGUUACAAAGGAAGCUAAGUUGAGUAAUCAGACGCAAGUAAAAGUGACAAUAAAGGCUAGCGAUAAACCUUUUGGUGUGUUUGUUAUUGCAGAAAAAUACAGGGAGUUGGCUGUCAUAGAACCCACCAUAGGAUAUGAUGGAAACUUCAGUGUCAUUGUCAAACGUGAAGUCGGUGUCCACAGCAUGGUGGAGGUGUCAUGGAAAAUACAAGGGUUUAAUAAUUCUAUCAAUAACACCUUUGAAACCUUUUCGAAGGCGUUUGGAGUUCUUGUUUUCCACUCAGGAGAGGCGAAAAAACCCAUUGAUAUUAAUGUAUUGUCGGAUAUAUUACCUGAAGAAUCUCAAACCUACAUACUCACCUUACUCAAUCCAACAAAGGGAGCAGAAUUAAAUCCUGAUUUAGACACAACAAGAUCCCACAUCACAGUGGCUGCAUCUGCAAAUCCAUAUGGCAUAUUUAGUAUUCAGGGAAGCAAGCUUCGUACAGUAACUGAGGAUGAUGGCACUGUAAACCUAAUUGUCAAACGUACUAGUGGAUUAAUUGGAACUGUAAUUGUGGAAUAUAAUGUUUCUAGUGUAAAUGCAACAUUUGGUGAAGAUUAUUUUCCAGACAGAGGAGUACUUGUUUUUCAAGAUGGGGAGGGUUUUAAAACAGUCAAAAUAGACAUCAUCGAUGAUAGCAUUCCUGAACUCGCAGAAAUAUUCACUGUUGAGUUAACAUCCAUUGCUCUCAAUAAAUCAAUAGAUUUUAAUCAAAAAAUUAACAGUAUUGUUAUCAACACACCUCCAAUAAUUCUUACAACAUCAUCAGCAGUUGAAGUUUUGAUUGCUGAAAGCGACUACCCCUAUGGUGUGAUUGGAUUUAAAGACAACAUUAUCACAGUGCAUGAAUGGGAAGGUGUUAUCAACAUACCAGUCAUCCGAAGUGGUGGUGUUUUUGGGUCAUCAGAAGUCAUAUUUACAUACACUCCUAUCUCUGCUACUAUCAAUUCCGAUUUUAUGAUCAACAUAACAUCAAUAACAUUUUUGCCUGGUCAGAAUAUGUCAAGCAUACCUGUCCAACUCCUUGAUGACGCCGUACCUGAAGGAAAGGAAACGUUUGAGUUGUAUCUUCAAAAUGUGAUUGGCAAGGCUAUGUUGGGGAAUAAGACUCAGCUUAUUGUUGUGAUUGAAACAAGCGACAAUCCUCAUGGAUUAUUUGGUUUCUUUAAUGUGUCUGCUGAAAUUUAUAUUCAGAAUCCUCUAUCUCCAGUGGUUUUUAACAUCACUGUGUCUCGCAUAGCAGGGAAUUUAGGACCAGUACAGGUGACAUGGGACAUAAAGCGAGCAAAAGUAAGCUCCAGUCACGUGACUGAAGAUCUGACACCGAGCAGGGGAAGUGUCAAUUUCGCAGAUGGACAAUCUGGUUCCCAACUAAUACAAGUGACUAUUUUACCUUAUGGUGGUCCACAAGAAGAGGAGGAGAGAUUUACGCUCUCCUUGGUUGAUGUUACAGGAGGCGCAACUCUUGAUGACAGUACUUCAAAACUUGACAUCAUCGUUGCGAAGAAGGGUUAUCCAAGUGGUUUGUUUUCUUUAUCUUCACAAAUCAAACCAUCAUCACAAAUAAACGAGCCACCUAGUGGAAUGGCAACUGUUGAGAUACCUAUUCGUCGAAGUUUUGGAAGGAUUGGUGUUGUCAAUGUUAUUUGGAAAGUGGAGAGCACUACAGGUAACAUCUCACAAGAUAUUACAUACAACGCUUCAAGAGUUGUUACAUUCCAAGACCAACAGUCUGUUGGUUACAUUCUCAUUAAUGUCACCGCUGAUGAUGAGCCUGAGCUUGACGAAGACUUUCAUGUCACGCUUAUAUCGGUUGACAUGUCAGGAGAAAUAAGUGAGCAGCAAAAGCAGGUUUCGUUUGUUAUAACAGCAAAUGACAACCCGUACGGAGUGUUUAAACUGGCAAAUGCUGGACAAAUAUUUCAUCUCGAUUCUUCAAACUUACAAAGGUCUGUGCAAAUUACUGUCGAAAGAGAGGCUGGUCUAAUAGGUGACGUUAUAGCAAGUGUAUUACUCGAGCAUCCGGAUUAUGCACCCAUAGCUUAUACCUUAAUGGUCAAUCGAUCGCAAAGCAUAGCAACAAGUAUUUUUAAAGUGCCCGAAAAAACAUUUUUAAAGUUUGGUACCUCCUAUUCAGUUCGUUUAACUGCAGUCAAUCUAAUCAAAGAUAAUAACAAUGCUGUAAUGCCAGUCCUAGCUGCCAGCCCUCUUCUCAAGAGUAUACGAAUUCCAGAGCAAGCGUCAAACUCUAUCGUUCAGAUUGCCAAUUCAUCUUUGUUUGUUUCUGUCGAUUUAAACAGCAACAUGGCAUCUGUAGCUGUGACACGUAUUGGUUUGUAUGGAAGCGUGCAAAUACCAUGGAGCUAUGGUUAUCCGAAUAACGUGCCUAUCAUAGCUGCUGGUGUUAUUACCCCUUCAUCAGGAACUGUUAGUAUGCAACACAACCAGCGAGCUGUUAGUUUUAGUGUGGCUGCUGUUGCUCCUGUAGUUAUAACGUCUUCUUAUCAAUAUGCUGUACAUUUGAGGAGUAAUUUGUCACCAGCUGUAAAUCAAAAGGGAUGGGGAAAGUUAGGAGAAAACAUUUACACCGUCAUUGAACCACAUGGCGUUUUUCGCAUUUCUAUGGAAUCGCAGCAAAUACUUGUUUUAGAAGGACAGCCAGCUGAUGUUAUUAUAGAAAGGAUGUUUAAUACAGAAGGUACUGUUCGAGUUAGGUAUCAAACUAAAAUGCAUUCAGGAGUUAAUGCCGCGAUUCCUGAUGAAGAUUAUACGCCUAUGACAUCUUAUGUUGAUUUCAACAACGGUCAGUUUAGGAAGUCUGUUCGAAUUAGUACGAUCGAUGACAAAGCUAACCCAAAACCAGAAACAGAAGAAACCUUUUUCUUUCAACUAAUAUCUGUGGAAUUAUUAACAGCAAGGAGAUCAGUUUUGCCUCGCUUAUCAGCCAACAUUACUUCCACAGUCACUAUUCAGGACAACGACAACCCGUUCGGCAUUAUCUCAUUCUCUCAGAAGUCACGUGUCAUAACAGUGGACGAAUCCGCCAUAUUUGUUGAGCUUGACAUACAGCGAACUGGUGGAACGUUCAGCACAGCGAGUGUUGAAGUGGUAAGCAUAGGUGGAGGAGAGUUGUGGAGUGCUAGUAUUAUAAAUAACAUUGAUCCAAACUCAGAUGUGUUUAAGGCACUCCGUAGCAGAGAAACUGCUGCGACAUCUAGUUACGACUAUGAUGCCGUAAGAAGUAAAAUCACAUUUCAACAAACGUCCAAUUCACCAGUUGUUGGUCAAACACAGAAAAUAAGCUUGAGAAUAUUACAAGAUAAUAUUGCUGAACCGAUGGAGGCCAUUGUUGUGGUUCUGAUGAACUCCACCGGUGGUGCUAAAAUCUUUGCUCCGCAUUCAUACGCUGUGGUUUUUAUUAGAGGAAAUGGUUUAUACAAUGGAGAGGUGGGCUUUCAAGCGAAGACUGCAAUUCUUGAUGAAGAAGGAAGUGGUGAAGUGGAGUUACCCAUGAUGAGAGUGGGAGAGGCUUUACAAGAAGUCGACGUGACUUGGGCUGCGACUACGUCGUUAAGUAUAAACUUAGCGGAUCAAAUAAAAGAAUUAACUGGGACAGUAAAGCUAGCAGCAGGACGUUCCAAGAGCAGCAUAACUAUACAAGCGUUGAAAGAUACCGUACCAGAGUUUGCAGCAUGGUUUCUUGUGAAUUUAACAUCCAUAACAUCAGGUGCUGUCAUCAAACCAACUGAAGCAGUGAUGAAUGUUACAUUAUUGGAAAGUGAUUAUCCAGUUGGAAGAAUUGGGUUUGAUGAGCGGUCCAGAUUUAUUGUUCUCCAACUUGGUGAUGGAAACUUACAACUUACUGUUCGACGUUACAAUGGUUCGUUAAAAGCAACAACGGUGAAGUACCAGACAGUGUCUUUGGCUGGCAUGGUAAAAGACGGAGGUGUGCAAAUGAACCCUGCGACGGAGGGAAGUGAUUACGAAAAAGCAGAGGGGACAUUGAAGUUCCAAGUAGGACAGACUGAAGCCUACAUCAACUUGAAAUUGUCAACAACAUCUAGUGAAGCCCCCUACCCUCGUGUCUUCAACGUUAGUCUGAACGAUCCAACGAAUGGUGCCGUGCUGUACAAACAAAACAGUUUUGCUCGUGUUAUUAUAUCCAAACCUGGAGCGACCAGUCAGUUUCUUAAACUUCGCUCAUCCACCCUGAACCUUCCUCUUACGGACGCACAAAUUUUAGAUAUCUUAAACGGAUUAUUGGUAUCUAUUCGAUCGUCCAAGCUGACGGAAAAUGAUCAGCAGCUGAUUAAAAACACAAUCAAAGAUAUUCUGUCAUUUAAAUCAUCCUUGCUACCAGGCAGCAAAUCCUUAACGUCUCGAUCACAAGCUGUAUUACUUGACAUAUUCAACAACCUGAUGGACACAAGUAGAGCAGAUACAACAGGGAAAUCAUACUGGAGCAAGUUGUUAGAGACAUCCGCAUAUCAUUUUCUGAAUGAUGCACUGUGUCCGACUGUUGUAUCAUAUACAAGAUCAAACUUCGAUGUAAAAGCACAGCGUGGUAAUCGUACUGAGCUGAAUGGGCUCUUGUUCAAGUCCGGUUCUGACUUUUUUAGAUAUCCAAUAAAUAUGUUUUCAUCAAAUGCUGUGGAAAAGACAUGCACUGAUGUGCAUUUUAUUAGUAUGAACAAUCAAUGGUUUACUUCGGAAAAGACAACUCUUAAUAAAAAGGUCUUAUCUUCAGCUAUACAAACCGGUUUGGGCUCCACCAACAAUAAAAUAGUUUAUCGCAUUCACUCGCCAUCCAACAGAAUCACGCCGAGUAAAGUCUCCUGUGUCAUCUGGACUCGACCAACAUCCACCAGUGCAGAUGGAUCGUGGUCACCUAAAAAUUGCGACAUUGUGAGCGAAACGAAAGAAUAUAUUGAAUGUGGAUGCAAUCAUUUGUCUGAAUAUACCGUCCUCGCUGACAGCGAUGAUCGCACUGGCUUUGAAAUAUACUUCUUUGUUGCAUGUUUUUUUACUAUGGGUGCGUGUUUACUGGCGCUGCUGUCACAUCACUGUUGCGCUAUUGAGAAGACGUUCACAUCUAGUCUACUCAUGCAUCUCCUGUUUUCUGUGAUGAUCACUAAUAUGGCUUACGCUCUAGCUGGUUACAUUAGUCCGAAACUGAUCGACGAACUUGAAAGGUGCAGCAUGUUGGCUUUGUUCAUCCACUAUUUCUUUCUCACUCAGUUUACUAAUAUGUUUGUGCAGGCUUGUAACUUGUGGCGAAUUUUAGUGAUGAAUGACGAACAUAGUUACAGAAAAUCGAUCCCAUUUUUUCUCAUUGGAUGGGGCGCUCCUGUAAUUAUUAUUAUAACUUAUGUAUUUGUAACGCACGCUGUGUGGGAUUGGAAAUUCACUAAGAUGUAUGGAGACGUCCAUGGCAACGGAGAUAUGUGUUUUAUUGCGCAUGGUUAUGCAGCAUUUUCAGUAGCAGUUAUACCAGUGUUGUUGAUUGUGGUUGCGAUAUGUGUGGUCUUCGUACAAGCUUAUCAAGUCACGCCACAGUGGAAAUAUUAUGACGAUGUUUAUAGAGGAAGAUAUAAUAUAAAAGAGGUACGUCACGUGAUGAUCCUGUUUAGUCUCAUCAUUCUAACAUGGGUGUUUGGUGGUAUACACUUGGCGUAUGGAUCCUUAUGGAUGAUCGUUACCUUCACUUUUUUCAAUGUUUUUACUGGUUUAUACAUCUUUGUUGUUUACGUCAUUCUGCGCAACCAAAUGAGAUAUCUCUUCAAAGGAAAGUACCAUGUUGACCAACCACCUCCCGAGCGCAUCGAGAUGUCCAACGUUGUUUAUAGUGGCGUCGAUUCAAGUAAACAAAUCAAAAAGAACUAUGCGUUCAACAAUCCUGUUGAUUUGAACGAAUGGGGAGAUGUUGAACUCCCACGUGUUACUUCUCAAUCGCUGUACUCACCAAUUUCAGAGAGAAACAAACACACCGACACGUUCAACACGCCGGCGUCGCAACGUCGCUAUGGUAACAACAACGAUAGUUUUGAAGACGAAGAUUCGGCAGACUUCGACGAUCUUAUAUUUGCUUUAAAGUCAGGGAGUGGAUAUACGCCGUCUGUUAAUGAAGAUAAUAAUGAAGAACCGGUAGAUUUACCCCCUGGCUCUUCAUCUUCUGAGCAAUACACUGUAAGAAGAAUUAAAAUCGGUGACACACACCUUUAGCAUACUUAAAGUAAACGUUAAUAAAUCAGUUUGCAUUCACCAAGAAAAUGUAGAGUCGUGAUAUACAAUGAUGUAGUUACAAGACUAUUAGGAAAAAUUAGUUUUUAUAUUUUCUUAAAUAUCGGCAAUACCCGGGCAUUUAAUAUUGAGAUGUAAGAACGCAAAUGAACAAUGAAAAUCAAUUGAUCAAUAAAAAUGAAAGCGUACGAAUGAGCUAUAAUCAGAGUAAGUUCAAAAAUGUUUUUCUGUCAAUUAACCGUGAGCCGAUUUUUUUUUAGUUUCCAUUCUUCGGUGCGAUAUGAUAGUAAUCUUUGUGAUAUAAAAUAAGAAGCAGAUUACGUAGAAUUAAUCGUUCUUGUAAUGGGAAAAUGUUCUAGAAAGUUCAGCUCAUCUAUAAGUUUGUGUGUUAACUCGCCAUUACGCAUCUUGUUUGUUGAAAAAUUACUCGCUUACAAACGUAUUUGUUUUGUUUUUUAAAUCGUUUUUUGAUAAAUAUACUUAUAAAUAGCGAAUUUUUUUUAUUUUGAAAAUGUAACAACUAAAAAAUGUAUUAGAAAUAUAUUUUAGCUUAUCUGCUCUUUCUACACCGCCCUUAACUUUAAGAUAUUUGAACGCCUUUUCAACUUUCACGCCAUUUAGGGCGGUGUAUGAUAGACCCAUAGUAAGAGAGCUUAAUUUAUUAUAAAGAAUUUUGACUUCUCAAUUUUGCUUCUGUUUGAAACAGAAGCAAAGUUGAUGUUUUUUUAAUGUGAUAAUAUACAAACUUCGGUACCAUACCUCUGUAAGUAAGUAGAGAUAACGAUUGAGAAUUUUUAAAAGUAUCGUGUGCAUUUUUGUAAAUUUCAGUUUUUUAUAGAAAUUUCGAGUGUAAUAUAUAAUACAUAUUCACGA